CAAGAGACCCUUGAUUGUUUCCAACAACCUAGUUGGAAUCCAGUCUCAUAUAAGAAAAUUUUUGAUGCUAUUAGAUGUUGAAUCUGACGACAAAAAAAUUGUGGGGAUCCACGGCCUUGGUGGCAUUGGAAAGACAACGAUUGCUAGGGCUGUCUACAAUAUAGUCUUCCAUCACUUUGAAGGAUGCAGCUUUAUUGAAAAUGUUCAUGAAAAUUCUCAAAAGCAUGGGCUUCCCUAUUUGCAAAAUCAACUUAUCUUUGAUAUCCUAAAACAAGAAAAUCGAAAUGUCACUAGUGUGGAUGAUGGAAUUAAUGUGAUCCAGCAAAGAUUUUGUCAAAGAAAAGUUCUUAUUGUUCUUGAUGAUGUGCAUCAAGAUAAUCAAGCAAAGUCUUUAGUUGGGGACUGUGAAUGGGUUGGUAUUGGAAGCAAGAUCAUUAUCACAAGCAGAAAUAAGGAUGUUUUAAAUGCUCAAAAAGUAGAUGGGAUUUAUCAGCCCAAUGUAAUGGAUUUAGAUGACUCUCUUAAACUUUUUAGCCAUUAUGCAUUUAGAAGAGAUCAACCUCUAGAAGAUUAUUUAGAUCUCUCAGAAGCAAUGGUAAAAAUGACUGGAGGACUUCCCUUGGCUCUUCGAGUUAUAGGUUCAUCUUUAUUUUUAAAGAAAAAAUCAGUAUGGAAAGGCAUGUUAAAGAAGUUGCAAAAAGUUCCCAAUGAUGAUGUGAUGAAAAGGUUGAAAAUAAGUUAUGAUGGAUUAGAUGAUGAGGAACAACAAAUGUUUCUCGAUACUGCUUGUUUUUUUAUUGGAAUGAAUAAAGAUAUUGCAUGUCACAUAUGGGAUGGGUGUGGCUUUUCUUCUCAAGUAGGACUUGAUGCUCUUUGUGCAAAGUCCUUGGUAACAAUUAGUAAAGAUGGUGAGUUAAGGAUGCAUGAUCAAAUUCAGGAUCUUGGAAGAGAAAUUGUUCGUCAAGAGAGCAUAAAAGAACCAGGGAAGCGAACUCGAAUAUGGUCUCAAGAAGAAGUCAUGGAUGUACUAAUUACACAGAUGGGAACAAGUAAUGUUGAAGGACUCGCUGUUGACUUUAGAAGUAGAUUGAAGAGCCAAUAUUUGAUGAAUGAAGGAUUUUCCGCGAUGACAAAACUAAGGCUAAUCCAAGUCGAUUAUGCACAAUUUUUAGGGAAUUUCACGCAUUCCUUCUCAGAAUUGAGAUGGCUUAGUUGGAAAGGAUGCCCUGACCAGUAUACGCUAAUCAAUUUUUGUCCACGGAGACUAGCUGUUCUUGAUCUAUCAUUUAGUGAGAUCACAAAAAACUGGAUGGGUUGGAACUACAUCAAGAUGGCAGUAAAUCUAAAAGUUCUAAGUCUCACGUCUUGUCAUCAACUAGCUAAAUCUCCUGACCUUUCAGCAAAUCGACACUUGGAGAUUUUGUUCCUUGGAGGAUGUAAGUAUUUGGUUGAGAUCAAUAAAUCCAUUGGUUAUCUCAAGAAGUUAGUCAUCUUAGAUAUGAGUGGCUGUGAAAAGCUAGUGGUUCUUCCAAAUGAAAUCUGUCAUUUGGCUUCUCUGAAAAGACUCAAUUUAAAGGGAUGCAUGCGUCUAAGUAAGCUGCCAGAAAAAUUGGACCUCCUUAUCAACUUGAAAACACUUGAUUUAAGUGGUUGCGAGAGUCUAGUGGAUUUCCCAAUUGAAAUUUGUCAGUUGAUUUCUUUAGAAAGAUUUGAUUUAUCAGGAUGCAAAAGUCUGAUUAAGCUCCCAGAAAAAUUGGGCCUCAUGAUCAACUUGUUAACACUUGAUUUGAGUGGCUGCGAGAAACUUGAUUCACUUUCAAAUCUUCCUCAACACUUGGAGAUCUUGAUUCUUAAAUACUGUAAGAAUUUGGUUGAGAUUGACACAUCCAUUGGUUAUCUCAAUAACUUAGUCCUGCUAGAUAUGAGGUGUUGCUUUAGAUUAAUGGAUCUCCCAAUUGAAAAUUGUCACUUGACUUCUCUCAAAAGACUUGAUUUAUGGGGGUGCAUGCGUCUAAAUAAGCUACCAAAGCAAUUAGGCCAUUUGAUCUCCUUGACAAGCCUUACUUUAAGUUGUUGUGAGAAUCUAGUGGAUCUCCCAAUUGAAAUUUGUCAAUUGACUUCUCUUGAAACACUUGAUUUAAGUCUAUGUGAAAGACUUGUGGAUCUCCCAAGUGAAAUUUAUCAAUUGGUUUCUCUCAAAAGUCUAGACUUAAGGAAAUGUGGAAGCCUAAUUAAGCUUCCCGAGAAAUUGGGCUGCAUGAUUUCCUUGGCAAGACUUCUUUUAGGUGGCUGCGAGAGUCUGAUGAAUCUCCCGGUUGAAAUUUGUCAAUUGAUUUCUCUUGAAAGACUUGAUUUAUCUGGAUGCAAAAGUCAAAAGAAGCUUCCGGAGAAAUUGGACUGGAUGACCUCCCUAACAAGGCUUGAUAUAAGUGGCUGCCAUAAACUUGAAUCUAUUCCAAAUCUUCCCUCUAGUUUAAAAUUUUUUGAUGCUUCUGAUUGUGAAUCAAUAAUAUUACUCCCAGAGCUUUCAACCCUUGAAAAUCUAGAGGUAUUGUGCCUUGGAGGAUGCAAGAAGCUUCUUCACAUAUCAAGUCUUCCCUCAAGUUUGAUCCGACUUGAUGUUAGCAAUUGUUCUUCAAUUCGAUGCAUCUCAAAUCUUCCCUCAAGUUUAUCCAGCCUAGAUGCCAAAUCCUGCAAGUCCAUCAUAAAACUAUCAAGUUCAUCAGGAUUGAGAAAUUUAGAGAGAUUAUUUCUUGACUAUUGUGACAACCUAGAAGAAAUUGAAGGUGUUGAUGAGGAGGGAUUGGAGUCCCUAGUGCUCUUUACCACUUGUUGCAGAUCAUUAAUAAAGCUUCCAAUACUGAGGAGUUCAAAAAAACUGAGGAAAUUAACAAUCAAAGGCAGUCGAGUCAUAUCCAAUUUUGAAGGUGAGGGGAUGGAUUCUCUAGAGGAGUUGGAGAUAGGUUCUUGCAGAUCAUUGAAGAAAAUACCAAAUUUUCUUGACUCAUUAAUGCUGAGGAAACUAGAAAUUGAUGACUGUCCAAAAUUAUCCAAGAUUGAGAGCCUUGAGCACUUCAAAUCCUUAGAAACAUUAACAAUUUAUCACGCCCCGUCGCUGAAAAUAUUACCAGAUGUCUCAACCUUGAAGAACUUGAGCUAUUUUUCUAUCAGUCAGUGCUUCUCUAUGGAAAGAUUACCUGAUCUUUCAAAGUUAAAAAAGUUGCAGGUAUUAACCAUUGAAGAUUGUGGGAAGUUAACAGAAAUUCUAGGCCUUGACAGAUUGGUGUCCUUGAGAGAAUUGAACAUAAAAGGAUGCAUUUCCAUUGAAAGAUUAAUGGAUCUUUCAAAGUUGAAAAACUUGGAUCUUCUAAACAUUGAAGGAUGCAAGAAGCUAACAGAGAUUUAUGGUGUUGAUAGAUUGGAAUUUUUAGAGAAUUUGGAUAUCAGUGGGUGUGAGUGCUUGGAAAGAUUACCAGAUCUGUCAAACUUAAAGAAUUUAAAGCAGCUAAUUGCUAUUGACUGCAAGAAGCUAACUGAGAUUAAAGCUGAUGAUGGAUUAGAAUCUUUGAAAUUCUUGGAAGUUUGGGGGUGUGGAUCCUUGGAAAAAUUACCAGAUCUGGCAAAUUUAAAGAAAUUGAGGGAGGUAAAUGGUGAGCGGUGCUGGAGCCCAACUGAGAUUGCAGAUGUCUAUCGGUUCCAAGUAGAACUCUUGAUUCGGGGUGGUUGCACAAAAUUACAGCUUGAUUUCUCAAACCUUACACAUGCAGUAUCAUUUGAUUGUACAUGACAAAUUUAUUCAAGGCAAGUAGGAGUAACAGGUCAUUGCAAAGCUGCUCAAUUUCUUUGAUUGACAGUUCAAAUGGCAAGUGCCCUUCCUAAAAGGAGUCUGGAUCCUCUGAGGUGAGUGGCAAUGAGCGUCCAGCGGUUGGAAAGCCCUGGCAUGCACCCCCAGUAGUCAAAAUGCUCACUUCCGAUCACUGCCUCACUGCAGAAGAUCUGGGCACUUCUCAAAGACAACUGUUAAGCAGAGAAGUCCUAAGUGUAUCACUCCAAUCAAUCAAAAUAAUUUUAAAGGUAUGAACUUUGUUUCACAAACCUUACUAGAUUCAGUUUCAAUCUAAACCCCUAUUUGUAUAGAUUAAUCCUUUAGC